UCCCUGCGCGGCCUCCGCGGCGGCGGCGGCGGCAGCGGCCCCUUUAAACCGCCCGCCCCGCGCCCCCGCCCGCCGCCCGCCGCCCGCGCCUCCAUUUUCCCGGCCCCGCCGCCCGCGCUGCCCGCGGCCCCGCCGCCGGACAUGGCCGCCAACAUGUACAGGGUCGGAGACUACGUCUACUUCGAGAACUCCUCCAGCAACCCCUACCUGAUCCGGAGGAUUGAGGAGCUCAACAAGACGGCCAACGGGAACGUGGAGGCCAAGGUGGUGUGCUUCUACCGGCGGCGGGACAUCUCCAGCACCCUCAUCGCGCUGGCGGACAAGCAUGCCACCCUGUCUGUCUGCUACAAACCCGGGUCCGGGGCCGACGGCGAGGAAGGGGAGAUGGAGGAGGAGAUGGAGAACCCCGAGAUGGUGGACCUGCCCGAGAAGCUCCGGCACCAGCUGCGGCACCGGGAGCUGUUCCUCUCGCGGCAGCUGGAGUCGCUGCCCGCCACCCACAUCAGGGGGAAGUGCAGCGUCACUCUGCUCAACGAGACCGAGUCGCUCAAGUCCUACCUGGAGCGGGAGGACUUCUUCUUCUACUCACUCGUCUACGACCCGCAGCAGAAGACCCUGCUGGCGGACCGGGGGGAGAUCCGCGUGGGCAGCCGGUACCAGGCGGACGUCACGGACCUGCUGAGGGAAGGUGAGGAGGACGGCCGCGACCAGUCCCAGCUGGAGACCAAGGUGUGGGAGGCCCACAACCCGCUCGUGGACAAGCAGAUCGACCAGUUCCUGGUGGUGGCCCGCUCCGUGGGCACCUUCGCCCGGGCCCUCGACUGCAGCAGCUCCGUCCGGCAGCCCAGCCUGCACAUGAGCGCCGCGGCCGCCUCUCGGGACAUCACCCUGUUCCACGCCAUGGACACGCUGCACAGGAGCGUGUACGACGUCGCCAAGGCGAUCUCGGCGCUGGUGCCGCAGGGCGGGCCCGUGCUGUGCCGGGACGAGAUGGAGGAGUGGUCGGCCUCGGAGGCCAGCCUGUUCGAGGAGGCCCUGGAGAAGUACGGCAAGGACUUCACGGACAUCCAGCAGGACUUUCUGCCCUGGAAGUCACUUACCAGCAUCAUCGAGUAUUACUACAUGUGGAAGACCACCGACAGAUACGUGCAGCAGAAACGCUUGAAAGCCGCUGAAGCAGAGAGCAAGUUAAAGCAAGUCUAUAUCCCCAACUAUAACAAGCCAAACCCGAACCAGAUCAGCGUGAGCAGCGUCAAGGCGGGCGUGGUGAACGGCGCGGGGGCUCCAGGCCAGACCCCCGGGGCCGGCCGGGCCUGCGAGAGCUGUUACACCACCCAGUCUUACCAGUGGUAUUCUUGGGGUCCCCCUAACAUGCAGUGUCGCCUCUGCGCGUCUUGCUGGACGUAUUGGAAGAAAUAUGGUGGCUUGAAAAUGCCAACCCGCCUAGAUGGAGAGAGGCCAGGACCAAACCGCAGUAACAUGAGCCCCCACGGCAUCCCAGCCCGGAGCAGCGGGAGCCCCAAGUUCGCCAUGAAGACGCGGCAGGCCUUCUACCUGCACACCACCAAGCUCACACGCAUCGCCCGGCGCCUGUGCCGAGAGAUCCUGCGCCCCUGGCACGCCGCCCGGCACCCCUGCCUGCCCAUCAACAGCGCAGCCAUCAAGGCCGAGUGCACGGCCCGGCUGCCUGAAGCCUCGCAGAGCCCGCUGGUGCUGAAGCAGGCUGCGCGGAAGCCCCUGGAAGCCGUGCUUCGGUAUCUCGAGACCCACCCCCGCCCCCCCAAGCCCGACCCUGGGAAGAGCGUGUCCGGGGUGCUCGGCGGCCUCACCCCCGCCAAGUCGGCCCCCGUCAUCAACAACGGCUCGCCCACCAUCCUGGGCAAGAGGAGCUACGAGCAGCACAACGGCGUGGACGGCAACAUGAAGAAGCGCCUCUUGAUGCCCAGUAGGGGCCUGACGAACCACGGACAGACCAGGCACAUGGGACCAAGCCGGAACCUCCUGCUCAAUGGGAAGCCGUACCCCACCAAAGUGCGCCUCAUCCGAGGGGGCUCCCUGCCCCCCGUGAAGCGGCGGCGGAUGAACUGGAUCGACGCCCCUGACGACGUGUUCUACAUGGCCACCGAGGAGACCAGGAAAAUCCGCAAGCUGCUCUCGUCCUCGGAGACCAAGCGAGCCGCCCGCAGGCCCUACAAGCCCAUCGCCUUGCGCCAGAGCCAGGCCCUGCCGCUGCGGCCGCCCCCGCCCGCGCCCGUUAACGACGAGCCCAUCGUCAUUGAGGACUAGCCGCCACGGCCCGCCCUGCCCGGCGCCCACCACGGCCCGCCCCGCCCGGCGCCCACCACGGCCCGCCCCGCCUGCGCCCACCGCCCGCCCGGUUUUGGUAGUGCCCUCCCGCCCUCGCCCGCAGAGAAGCUGCCCGGCCCGCGGGCAGGCGUGGCCGGCGUCGGAAGCGGGAGCUGUUCUUAGCUUUGUGUUCCUUUUCUGGCCAGAGGAGCGAGGAGCCGCCGGCGCCGUACCACACGUGCGCUCACGGCGGCCGGAGUCGUGUUGUGUUCUGUUGAAGGUGCCAUUUUAAAUUUUAUUUUUAUUACUUUUUUUGUAGAUGAACUUAAGCUCUGUACCUUACGCCCGGAACGCCAGGGCCGGCGCAGCCGGCGGCCGAGCUGCCUGGCGGGUCGUCCCUUGUCUUUUCAAGUAAUUUUCAUAUUAAAAAAAACAAAGGAAAAAAAACUCAUAAAAAAGAAAAAAACAA